CUCCUCUUUUUGCAGAGUUUGCAUUUCAUUUUUCCUUGAAGCAAUUCCAUUUUCAUUAAAAGUCUGUUUGGUGUGCAGUGUCAUGAUAACCUAAAACCAUAGACUACUGCGGCGUUACUACUGCGUUACUGCGGCCCGUCCACAAACCCUAACACCCAGCGUAGUUCAAGAUGUGCUGCCGCUGCCGGGCCAGACCGGAAGUUGAAGCACAGCGAACUCCGCCGCGGAGCGCACUAGCGCCCUAGCACCCUGAUCCUCAUUUCUUGUUCACACGAUUCAAACCAAUAGUUUUGAUGUUUUGAAUCAGGUAUUUCAUCUUCCUUGUUAAAUUGACAAAGCACAGCUUCUGUAUCUUCACUGAUAUACAAUUAAAAUAUUAAAACCGUAAUAAAGUGUUAAUGCGCUGCAAAUCGGGAUCCGGCUGGAGCACUACGCAAGACACGCCCCUUCAUAGCAUUCACGUGCUACGAUUGGCCAUGAGCCUGUCACGUGCAUCUCGGCUGAAAAUGGACAUGAGGAGAAGCAAACGAAAGAAGAUGGGGUCCCGCAAGCGUUUGUUGUCAGAAUUCCUGACCCCAGAAGACGCCAUAACCCGCUACAAGCGUGUUCUUGAGGCGGUGAAUAAGGGCAACAAUAAAACGGCGGCUUACAGAGCGGUAGGAGUGGACCGCAAAACCAUUGCCGACACUGCAGGAAUUGCAAAACUGCAUGCUGUGAACCCGGGCAUCUUCCAAGAUAUCCGGGGAACACUGAAGAAGGGGGAAACCCUUCUCCGUUUCUCGGAGAUGUGUAAGUCUGCCAUAAAGGACCAACAUUUAGAGGGGAAGGUCCAGGACUUAAAGACGAAUGGAGGACUAUUAUCCAUUAAUCCAAAGGGGAAGUGA